AUGUCAAGUGGUAGUUAUCGCCUGGAAUCUUUCCGGCCGUGGAAUCCUUUUCAGGACAAAACGCAACCCCACCGAGAUUCUCUCGAUAUUCAUCGCUACCCAAGUCCAGUCUCGAUCACAGCCACCUCGCCUCCCUCCAACUCUAGCGACCCAGCCUCAAGGAGUCCAAAAGUUCAUUCUCACAAACCCGAGCGGCACCCCCUUCCUGCCCGUCCGCCGGUGGAGGUUUGCUUGAAUGAUAGUCUGCCGCAGGAGACAAACACUAUGCACCUGUCUUCAGCGGAGGAUCAGGCUUGCAUCAAUUCCGGAACUGAGGUGUUUGCUUUCGAGGAUAUCCUGCAAUUGCAAGAUUUACCAAGUUCUGGAGAUGGGGAAUAUUCGAUGAGCGGUGGUGAUCUAGGCCUGGAGUCUCAGUACCCACUCAGCUGCGAAUCGGGCGAUCGGGAGCUCGCUUUCACUUCUGGUCAGCACUCGCAAGUUGGCAAUGCUGGAAGCCCUGUUCUCACUGGAGAGUGUUACGAUUCAACAAUUGACCCAGCAAUCCUGGAUGAUCGCCAUUUCCGAGAUGUUGAGCAGACCCCGGCAACAAAAGCCAGUUAUAGCGUUGUUAAGCCUUCUUGCCCCUCGGAUAAAAUUGCCCACACUCACGGCAUGCGGCAAGACUCGCAGAGAGCGAUGAAAUCUGGGCGGCAGCGGUCCAAAGUCAACAAGGUUUCUGUCGUCGUGGACAAUCAUACAAUGAAUAUAUUAUCAUUGAUUGAUAUGAUUGUUGAGAUAUGA